AAUCACAAGGAAGAAACCGCUGGCGUGGGUAUACAUACAUUAUUGUUGCAGUCUAAUAGUCGUUUAGGUUUUUUCGUGAAAAAUGCCUGCUCCUACUUAUACAGCUUUUGUUAAAGGGCCGGGGGAGAGUCGGCGCAGGACUGCCGAGGCGGGGCGGUGAGCAGGGAAGUCACGUGAUGGAGUCGCGCGAGGUAGCGGCUGCCACGCGGGGAGCUCGGGCACGCUCGUUCCAGGGCCGAGCGGGAGUCGGCGCAGGAGGACCGUCGAGGCGGGGCGGCGAGCAGGGGAGGCCAGGAGGAAGUCACGUGAUGGAGUCGCGCGAGGUAGCGGCUGCCACGCGGGGAGCUCGGGCACGCUCGUUCCAGGGCCGAGCGGGAGUCGGCGCAGGAGGACCGUCGAGGCGGGGCGGUGAGCAGGGGAGCCCAGGAGGAAGUCACGUGAUGGAGACGCGCGAGGUAGCGGCUGCAAAGCGGGCGGCGGCGGUCCCCGCUUCCCUUUCUUCCAAGAAGUCCAAGCGCGUCUGGUUCCGAAGUCCCUUGGAGGACGUGAAGAACAUCACACCUGUCCCAAGACAUCAGCCAGACAGCAACAAGCCGGAGAGGCGAACGGACGCUAAGAUUGUGCCGAUGGUGCCAGACAAGAGGGCAGCGUUGCCCGAGUUCCCCCAGCAGCCCGGAGCACCAGUCGCCUCUUCAGAUGAGCUCGCCAAGCCACCGCUCUGCAGGAUCAAAGUACCGAUGAUGAGAACAUCGCCCUCGGUGGAAGACGUGGCGGUCGAGGUGGGGAAGAAAACUGCGGUCAGGAAGGGCGUUCCCGGAUCCCCCCGCCAGCCCGACGCCGAAGUCGCUCGGCCAGACGUGGCUGCUAGACCCUUGCGCUGCAAGAUCAAAGAAAUAAUGAGUAGGAGAUCAUCCUCCACAGCAGAGCAAGCAGCGACUAAGGUUGGCAAGCCUCCUCCGUACCGGGUGGAGUCCAAGGUCCCUCGCCUGCCCGACACAGCCCUCGCUACACCAGACGUGGCUGCUAGACCCUUGCGCUGCAAGAUCAAAGAAAUAAUGAGCAGGAGAUCAUCGUCCACAGCGGAGCAAGCAGCGGCUAAGGUUGGCAAGCCUCCUCCGCACCGAGUGGAGUCCAAGUUCCCUCGCCUGUCCAAUGCAGCCCUCACUACACCAGACGUGGCUGCUAGACCCUUGCGCUGCAAGAUCAAAGAAAUAAUGAGUAGGAGAUCAUCCUCCACAGCAGAGCAAGCAGCGGCUAAGGUUGGCAAGCCUCCUCCGCUCCGAGUGGAGACCAAGGUCCCUCGCCUGCCCGACGCAGCCCUCGCUACACCAGAUGUGCAUGGUAGGCCACCGCGCAGCAAAAUCAGAACAUUAAUGAAGAGACCACCAUCCGCGGUAGAAGACGAAACAGCUAAGGUUAACAAGCCUCCUCCGCACAGGGUGGAGUCCAAGUUCCCUCGCCUGCCCGACGCAGCCCUCGCUACACCAGAUAUGCCUACUAGGCCAACAAGCAGCAAAAUCAAACCACCAAUGAAGCGAUCAGCAUCCACAGGAGAAGAUACAGCAGCUAAGGUUGGCAAGCCUUCCAUAUACAGGGUUGAACCCAGGUUCCCCAGCCUGUCCGACGCAGCCAUCGCCACAGCCACACCAGAUGAGCCUGGGAAACCCUCGCAGCACCUCGUACAGCUGCCCAUGAUGAGGGAGGGCGCCUCCGUGGAAGACCUGGUCGAGAGUCAGACGGUCCCUAAGAAGUGCCCUCGCAAGGUCAGGCAGUCCAAAGUCCGAGCGCCGGGACCUGCCCGUCUGGACUCUGGAGAGGUCAUCACGCCAGAUGUCCCUGCGACGCCUCGGAAGCACGACAUGCUCGAGGCCGCGAAAGACACGGCGCCGAGAGCAGAAGACACUUCCAAGGACCCCGCCAAAACCAGGAAAAGAUUUCGUCCACAGUGCACAUGCCAGCCGUGGCUUCUCUCACUCAGUGCAGGGUGUGAUGUGCAACCCCCGAGCUCGCGGUCUGAAGAGCAGGCCGCCACUUGCACGGGAGGCAACUUCCUCUCCGAUGUGGCGGACUGCCUCCGCAACAGAGAAGGUGACGAGCCGGCCCCGACGCUCAGCUGUGCCUCGUCGCUGCUGGGGCAGGUGGUGACCGUGACGCCUGAGGGCAGCGACGAGGUGGUCAGCUGCAGCUUCGUGCGCCUGGAGAGCUUCGUCACCACCCGGGCCCCUCCGACCGACCCCGGCCCGGAAGCACCUGCGCAACCGCUCAACGCAUUAAAUUACCCUUAAAAAAUAAAUACACUUAAGUUCCAUUA